GCAAGUGGCUCGUUCUGCUUGUUGGUUACAUUGUAUCGCUCCCCUCAGCAUUGAACGAUCCAAACAGCCAUCAAGAUAUUAGAGAUUUCAACGAAAUCAAAUCCAGGAAUUAAACUGGUGAGGAAACUGCCAGAAUAUUGGAUUUUUACAAUUUGGACUAAAGAAAGGAUAUGCUUUAUUUUCAACCAGGGCUUUAAACUGAUUUUCAACGGGAUCUCAACGUGUGAUGGCAGCAGUCCAGUGAAUUAGCCGUUCCCUUCCCCUGGCGUUGGAUUUCUUGGGAGCACGUUGAUUGAUUUGUCUGUGUAUAUUUGCACAUUGGGGGGGAGGUGGGGUGGGUCAUCAAAGUGGUUUUUACCUUUACUAUCAGGAUCUAUGGAGUGUACAUAAACAUUCGCUGGAUUGGGUUUGUCAAAAGGAGCAGACAAUGUGGGUUACUGGGAAGGGGAUACGGAGAAGACCCUAAAGCUGCUGAAACCCUUCUCCCACUGCCCCAAGUGGUCUGAGAAGGUCAGACUGAACUGUGGCGCGCCUGGGCCGCUGGCACUAAGAUGUCCCUAAGCAGUGGCACUGCAGGCGGGAAAGGUGUGGACUCGAAUGCGGUGGACACUUACGACAGCGGUGACGAAUGGGACAUCGGUGUUGGCAAUCUGAUCAUUGACCUUGACGCAGACCUAGAAAAGGACAAACUUGAGAUGUCUGGCACUAAAGACGGUGGGGGCAUGGCUGCCCCUCCCAGCGCUGUAGCAGCUCUACCCGACAACAUUACAUUCGUUAGCCCCGUACCCGCUGUUCAAGGCAAAGAGAGUAAACCCAAAUCAAAGCGUAGUAAGAGCUCAAAGGACAGUGGCAAGGCAUCGGUUACAGACGGGGCCAAGAAAGACACCCCGGUGCGAACCCAGGGUGAGGUCACAGGUCCCGCGGCGAACUCAAACUCUGGAAAGGGCGCUGAGAAGAGCAGCAAAGCCUCCCGUAAUGUUCCUGGUGGAAAGAAGGACAAGGAGGGGGUUUCUGUGAAAAGUAAGAAGGAGAGAAGUGAAUCUGUGGCUACUAUUGAGAAGGAUGUAGGUGUCCUAGUGUUGCCUUUGGCAUGUCGUGGCGUUCCAUUUGAGGGUACGCAAAGUACAGACUUGGCUGUGGCUGAGCAACUUGGGAAUAUCGCCCUGGAUUCCACACGGAUUGUUGCACCACCGUUAGCCAUUAAAAGUGAGCCAGAGGAGAUGGACAACGGCGAAUGCAGAAACCUGAAGAAAAUGAAAAGUGAGAAGUGCAUGGGGCUCUAUCUUAACGCUAAUGUCUCCUCCUCGGGGGACUUUUACGCUGCUGUACACACCCCGUAG